AUGCACGCACUCGACCGUGCGCUACCUGCUAUACCCGCGUUCGAACUGCACUCUCAGACACCACCAUCGCGCUCUGCUGCCCACUCGCCUGUCCCCGUGGCUCCCGUUGGCCCACCACCGCGGACGUCGUCCUUGGGUCCUACAGGCACGCAGCAACCCACACCCUUGCCACAUACCGCUACACCGCCGGCGCUCACACCGUCUACGUCCAAUUCGUCUGCAGUCACAGUCGUCUCGCGCGUUUCAGGACGAUCCCCGGCGCCUUAUAGGCCCGGGUUCCAGCCCAAGGGCGUGUAUCGACAGCGCACGGACGAGUUUAUCGAGGCUCGUGCACACAGCCGAGACGUCGGCAAGAUCGAACGCACACGUCUCGAGCGACGGUUGGAGAAGCUUAUUCAGCUGCACUUUCCCCUACCCGGACAGCGGAAGGAAGAGGCUGUGCAACAGCGUCCGAUGCCACAGAACCGACGGGCCUCGUCAUUCUGGGAUCUGGACUUUUCGGACCUUAAGAGCAAGAGUGCGGGCGAUCUGUGGCGGGGCGUACUGCAGACACAGGCGUCGUCGCAAGGGACCAAGAACGAUAUCCGUGCUGCUGAGCAGAAGAUCACUCCUUGGGAGGACGAUGCGACCGUGUCACAGUGUCCUCUCUGCACUGCGUCGUUCCACCCUCUCACUAACCGCAAGCACCACUGUCGCCUAUGCGGCGGGAUUGUCUGCUCGCUACCAGUCAAAUACCCCCAGCGCCCUGAGACGUGUUCCCUUUUAUUCGUCGCCGACCAAAGCACUGGUCGAAUAGAGGAAGUCGGCGAAGGUGUCGACUACGGCGUCCGACGGCGUACCCCAUCAAAUGCAGGAAAGAAAGGUGAGACCCUAAGUGAGGAAGAGAAAUUCCUUAAGGGUGUGCGGAUAUGUCGAGAAUGCCGACCGGUCUUGCUACGACAGCAGUACAGGCAAGAGAUGGUCAGCACUCCCUUGUUCUCGAGGCUUUACGAGGCCUUCAUCAGCCUCGAGAAAGAGAUCGAGGAGGAGCUCCCGGUGUUCCAAGAGCUUAUGAUCAGCCUCAGUAAACAGGAACGCCCAACUCCAGAGGCGAGCGCUGCGCGGAAACGGCUACUGGAGGCGUUCGCACAGUACGAUACGUUCGCGAAGCGCAUUCGCAAGCUCCCCUGCGCACCCGGGAGUUCGCAGGACCGCAUCCAGAACGCAGUGCUUACUCGCGCGAACAUCUUCCUCCAGAAGCACAUGUUCCCGCUCCAGGCGUUGCCCAAGCCUAAGAAGGCGGGAGCCGCUACUUCACCCGGUCCCGUCCAGCAGGAGGACCAGAUCAUCGACCCGGACUCUGAAGUCGCGCGCGUCCUGCAGCCGCUACUUGAGCAGGAGGCCUUACUGGAGACCUUCGUCGAGGAGGCGAAGGCGCAUCGGAAGUUCGAGGACCUGAAGACGCUGAAAAGCAGUCUGCGGGAGAUCCGCGCUGAGAUCGAGCGCAUACUCGCGAACGCGGAGGAGCAGGCGUCUUCCGGGCGCAGAGCACGGACGUCAACGGCGUAG